AUGUUCAGCAACAGCAAUUGGAAACAAAUAGUUGCAAUUAUCUGUGUUUCUAUUUAUUUCUCAAUUGAAUCUCCAUUACAAUUCAGUAAUUUGGUGGACUUGCCAUUGAAAGUGCCUAAAGGAAGUUCAGUGAUUAAUGCUACUUUAACUUAUCAUGGAUAUACCAAUGAAUUUAAGAAGUAUUAUUUACAAGAGUUGAUAUCAGCUUUUGGUCCAACCACUAAAGGUAAAAUUUUGAUCUCAAGUGAUACGGAUUCCUACACAAUACAUUAUAAUGCUGAUUCUUAUACUGGUGUGGACGGUAGGGAACGAUUGGUUAUUCAAGGUACAAAUUGUGAACUGUUCACUUACACUUACAGCAGUUGGGAUAAAUAUUUAUCUGGCGUUAAGAAACCCAUACUCAACAUAAUUCUCUUGAUAGGACCUUCGAUAUUAUACAGACUUGAUCAUUCGUCGUUUGUUUGGAAAUCGGUUGCAGAUAAAAACAUCAGAGGAAUCAUGAUGAAAGGGGCAUCAACAGAAGUUAAUGAAAAUUUGAAAAUUACUUUCUACUACAAAAGUCAUCUCGAUUACCAAUCUGGAAUGGAAAGUCCCAGCAGAAUUGAAUUCAGUGGUUAUGAAAGAGCUUCAAUUCCAGAGUCAGAAGAGAAUCUCAUUCUAUAUAUAGAUAUCUAUUCUAUUCAACAUGUAAAUAUUUUCCUUGAAGACUUAGAUCAAGUCCAGAAUGAGGUUCAACCUCCAACUGGAAUCGGAUGUCCACAUUACUUAUCUGGAAGCAAAGAAUUGCCAGAGUUAAGUGUUAAUCACUUGCACUACAUCAUGGAGGAACGAAUCAAAGGUUCAACUGCGUCUCGAUCACUUAGUGAGAUUUAUGCUGCAUAUCAUUACGAUUUUUCGAGGAUAAAAACAUUGGUUGGUUCAGUAAGCGAAGUUAUUUACGACUAUCGACUCGGAGUUUCUUUUCAUAUUUCAAAGGAUGGAUCCGUUACUGUGACAUCCAUCGACUCGAGUACGCCUGGAAUCGAAUCUCAUGGAGAAUUCACUUUGACUACUCUUUUCAUGCUCGAUGGUAGCUUUAAAUAUCUUGGGAAGCGCAACUUGAAGCAUCGCUCUGGACUCUCUGUUGAAGCAUGGGAAUCAGUUCAACUCAAUGCCAAUAUCAACGGAAAGAAGGUGGAUAAAGCUGUCAUUACUCAAUAUUUUGCUCCAUCGGAAAACAAUGACAUAUUUUAUGGCUAUACUCUUGUCAGUACCAAAGUGUCCAUCUAUGAUCAUGAUCAAUCGAAAAAAGUUUACACUUGGAAGGACGGAAUCACAAGAGAUUACAUGAACUUUCAAGAGGUUCGAUCCAUCGAGAGUAUUCGUUCAUUAACAGAAAAAGUCAAUUACGCUUCUAGCGAUGAAAAAGUGAUCCUUAACUUCAUAUUAGAGUGUGAUGCUUCUGAUCACAAUGCUUGCAUCAAACACAUAGAGGAUAAUGUUUACUGGUUGAAAGGAGAGUUCCUUUAUUUUGUCCUUUUAGUUCAACCAGUCAGUAUACUGCGAAUAGGCGAUAUUCAAUAUCGCUUCACCGAUACAAAAGUCGAAAUGGAAGUGACAUUUCUCGAUCUACCACAUUUGGAAUUCAUUUUCAACUCUGUCUCCAUGUCGCUGAGUCAAGAGACAUUCACCAAGAUGAUGAAGAUUAUCGCUAAUAAUGAACCCGAUUGCCUAGAAAAAUUAUCACAGUAUCAGCUGACAAUCAAGGCUGUCAUUUAUAGAUCUUCGGAUGGUGUCUGUGGAUACUUGAGUAAUCCUGAUGAUCUUAAGAUAGAUCUUAAACAAGGAGAAUCAUGCAGUGUCUAUUUAUUUCCACUGAACAAUUUGCACCGAGUUAAACAAGAGCUAACUCUUGACCAGCUUCAUGAAGCAUACUUGCAAGAUGUUGGUAGGACAUUUGGAGAAUUUCCUAUGCAUUUGAAGAUUAUUGAUGUAAUCGACGUGACUAAAAAAGAAAUUGAUUCGAAGGACGAUAUUACCUCUCUAAUCAGACCUCAUGCAAAGUUGCUAAUUGAUGGUAUGUUCACUGAGUCUGUACCAGAUGCAAAAACUUUUGCUGAUUGUUACCGAAACUGUCAUGAUUCAGAUCAAGUUGCAUGCGUUACUUUUUCAUUCUGCAACACUGAUGGUAAAAUUGACUGUAGAGUAAGCAGUUUGCAGGCUUCUGAAAUUGCUACUCGGGAUCAAUCAAUUGAAACUGACCCGAAAUGUGGAAUUUAUUCAAUAAGUAUUCUCGACAAUUAUUUCAAAAUAUCCAAUAGGAAAAUCAAGGCUCAAAUGUCAAUUGCGAUUGAAAAAAAUUCUGUGUAUUCCUGUGCAGAGGCCUGUCACACCUCAUCAGAAUGUUUAUCUUUUCAAUAUUGUGAUGGUUUUUGCAGUUUUGGUGAUUUAUUGUAUACAGAUGAAGCUACUGAAUAUGAUGAAGAAUGCGUGAUAUAUUCUCCCAAAAUAACUGAAAUGUUUAAAAAAACAGGCAAAAAAAUAAUAUCAGAUGUGAUGAUGACUGAAACCAAAUUAACCUUAGAUCAAUGUGCUUCAUUAUGCUUUCUGUUAUCUGAUGGCGAUGAAACUGGAUGUAAAUCAUUUAAUUACUGUCCUAAGAGUAGAACAGAAAGUUCUUGUUCAUUGACUCAUUUUUCAGUUGAAAACCCUGAUACAAAAACCACUGAUGGAGGUCAUUGUUCCAAUUAUGAGUUAAAAGAUUCGAAUGGGAAGAAACGAAAAGAGUCCAGUUCAUUUGAAGUGGUUAAAGGGACGACGGGAUCAGGUGCUUUUGGCAUAGUAAUGCUGUUCCUGUUUGUUGGUGCUUUAUUGGGAUUCAUAGCCCCAUUUGCUUACUCAAGAAUUAAGAAGAUGUAUGAUACUCCAAUGACCAAUAAAGAUUUCACGUGGAGAAGACAACAUGAUGAGGAGCCCCUUGACAAUGUUGAUUGAAUUCAUUCUCAAAUACAUUAACUAAAUUCAAUUAAAAAUUAUUUACG